AGAGGAAAUGCAACGGCCGCCGCGAAGGCGAAGGCGAACACGUCUCCGUCUCCGGGCUGCGCCUUUAACCAGAACACGUGAGCCGGCGGCUAUAUAUCGGCGACCCCAUCUGCUUCCGGCGAUCGCUAAGGUAAUCAGUUUCCGAGAGCGAGCGAGAGAGAGAGAGAGAGAGAGAGUUAGGGUUUCGCAAGUGAUGGCGACGGGGAACGGAGAGGCCGCGGUGGUGGAGAAGGAGGGAGAGGGCACGAUGGUGCCGGAGGCGCUGGAGAAGAAGGUGGUGUUGGAUGCGGCGGAGAAGGAGGAGGAGGAGAAGGAUAGCGAGGCGGAGGCGGAGGCGGAGGCGAGGAUCUCCAAGCUCGUCGGCGACAUGAUCGACAACGUCUGCGCCGAUCACGGGAUCCCGCUCCCCAAGGUCGACAUAAAGACCGUCAGGAAGAUGGCCGAGUACAUGAACAAGCACUUCGCCAUCACCAACAAGGAGGAACUCAAGAUCUGGGACGAGGGCUUCAUCAACGAGCUUGACGGCGACGAGGACAAGUACUCCCUCUUCAAGAUCAUCCGGGCCUCCGAGCGCGUCGGCUUCUAUGGACUCCUCGACCUCGCCAGCGACAUGGUCGCCCGCAAGAUCAAGGCGGGCAAGGCCAUCGACGAGAUCCGCAAGUUCCUCGGCGUCGAGAAGGACUUCACCAAGGAGGAGGAGGAGAAGAUCCGCCGGGAGAACGCCUGGGCCUUCGAGGAGUAGACACCUGGCUGUUCUUCGUCGUGAUUGUUGUUGUUUCGUAGGUGUGUGUUGCGUACUUGCAUCUCUGGUAGAUUCAGAUCGAAUCGGGGAGUUCGUGCAUCCCGUCCCGUGCAAGAAGAACAGAGUCGAUUGGCUGUGUUGUUGAAUGCUUUGAACUGCUGGAUCGCUUGCAUGAUCGUGAAUAAUUUUGCUUCCAUCAAUGCUGUUUCCUGUGUUUGCUUGGCUUCGAUGCA